AUGGUCAAACGACGACAAUCAAUAUCAACAAGAAUAAUAAUAUCAUUUGUCGGAUUUUAUCUGGUGACUUGCAUUUGGUCUUUCGCCAAGCUGUCCAAGGAUGGGGAUUCAAAUUCGUGUCAUCAUAACAACGAUCCUACACAAUCACUCACCGGGCAACCUCAUCGGGAUUGGUUGCAAAGAAGGAGGUCUUUGCAAGACCAAAAGACAACCAAAUCCUACAAUUUCACAGCGGCUCUUUGUGUCUGUGUCAAGGACGCAGAGGCCUAUUUUGAAGAAUUCAUUGACUAUCAUUUGGCUAUGGGGUUUUCCAAUGUUUAUUUGUAUGACGAUUCGCCCAAUUUCGAAUUGCAACGAUGGUACAAUCAUACUCGAGCACAUCCUGAUUAUAGCAAAGUGGAAGUUUUGCACUUGUCGGAUGCACGGAACCCAAAAGGUAGUAGCAGUUCCUCAAACGAAGAAGAGAGCAAUGACGACGAUGACAACCAACAAUCUCAGAACAAUCAACAGCAACAACAAAUGCUACCGGUUGAUCCACAAACGGACUAUUACGAAGAUUGUGUUCAUCGAUUUGGAUUCAACGGGCCAAAACAUGACUACUUUGCCUUUAUUGAUGUCGAUGAAUUCUUUGUCUUUGUCGAUGAAUCCAACUAUCACAACAUUUUGGAUUUGCUGCAAGACUAUCUGGUUCCAUUUGGCGGGGCAUUGACAGUCAAUUGGAUGCUAGUGGGAAGUGCCAACAAAUCGGUCUAUGCUCCACUUCCAAUCACCAAACGAUUUCAGUACAGAGACGAAAAGGCACAUUUCGUAAUCAAGAGCAUCGUCAAGACAAGUGAUUACUUGGGGCACCGAAAUCCGCAUGCCGUGUAUGUGAGAGAUGUUGUCGUCAACGGCACCAAUACCAGCAAUAUUCAUACAACCGCCUAUCCAGGAGCGAAUCACAAGUAUGCUUUGACGCCGAGAGGUGCUACCGACAAGACUUGCCCCUCGAAAGUGGUUUUGCUGUAUCACUAUCGGUAUACCAGUGACAAGGAAUACAUAUUCAAAAGAUGUACUCGAGGAGGGACUGAUGGCGGCCAUUAUUGGUGUUCCGAUGGUGGCCAGGGGAUCCGGCAAGGCUAUGGACCACAGCACAUUCAAUCAAUCCCGGGGAGUGUCUUUGAUGAUAAAGCGUGGAAGUUUCUGACUUCCCAUGUUCCAAAGUACCAGAUGUAUGAUUCGUUUGAAGACUUUCAUUAG